AUGGCGGAUUGUCGCUUUGAAUCCACGGGCUCGGGCGAAGGGCACACCAGCGCAUGCUCCUGCUGCGGCCUCUGUCCAGUAGGCUCCAGCCUGCUGCAUCGCCCCGCCUCCACGCUCCAUCAGCCCGGCCUCGCUCGACUCGCCGUCGCCGCCCUGUUCUCCGCCGCCGCCGCUCCGCCGUUCCACCACUACGAAGGACGGGGUUCCUCUCACCUGCCUCAGCAGUUGAAAUUCACAACGUCAGAUUCCUGUGACCGGAUUAAAGAUGAAUUCCAGCUGCUCCAGGCCCAGUACCACAGCCUGAAGUUGGAAUGCGAUAAGCUUGCAAGCGAGAAAUCGGAGAUGCAGCGUCACUAUGUCAUGUAUUACGAGAUGUCCUAUGGGCUCAAUAUCGAAAUGCACAAACAGGCUGAAAUCGUCAAGCGGUUAAAUGGCAUUUGUGCCCAGGUGUUGCCGUACCUUUCACAAGAGCACCAGCAGCAGGUCCUCGGAGCCAUUGAGCGAGCGAAGCAGGUGACGGCACCGGAGCUGAACUCCAUCAUCCGGCAGCAGCUCCAGGCUCAUCAGCUGUCCCAGCUCCAAGCUCUCGCCCUGCCCUUGACCCCGCUGCCGGUGGGGCUGCAGCCCCCCUCGCUCCCCGCCGUCAGCGCCAGCACCGGCCUCCUCUCCCUGUCUGCCCUGGGAUCGCAAGCUCACCUCUCCAAGGAGGACAAGAAUGGCCACGACGGGGACGCCCACCAAGAUGACGACGGAGAUAAAUCGGAUUAGGCGGAUUGGGGGGGUGGCUGGGAUGGGGGGGGGAGUGAUCCGGUGUGAGGAGGGGGGAGAACGGCAGGGGGGGGGGUUAGUUACAAACACUCGUAGGGGGGACCUGCAGAUUUUUGGAGAAGGCGGGGGGCAGCAGUGACUGGGCAAGUGCCCCCCCAAGUGGCCAGCUUUGCCCCGCCCACCUCUGCAGCAAUACCACUUUGGCCCCGCCCCCUUUCCUUAUCCCAGGCACUUAGCCGCAGCCCCAGCGGCGUCUCCAAGGGCAGCUGGCAAUCUCCCGUAGGUCAUUGGGGGGGGGGCGAAGGAGGAGCUCAUCAUCUUCCUCACUGACCCUCUGGAUCCCCCUGUCUUAAAUACGGGCACUUCCAUCCAGACACUUAAUUUGUGGCGGACGUCUCUCCUGCGGCUACUCACCUGGCGGUCAAUGCCGCCAGUGCCACACUUCACACCGUGCGGUAUGCUGCGAUCUUGGCUGCCCUGAGCCUCCCUUGGCGGGGAAGGGCCAGGGUAUAAAUCGGAGAAGUAAAAAUAAAAUAAUAAAGUAAAGGGUGUGUGUGUGGUGGGGUGUUAGGGCGAGGUCUUGUUUUCUUGGGAGAAGGCUGUGCUAAAAGUACCAGCUAGCCAGUUUAUAACAUCCCCGAGAGAGAGGGAAGAGGCCCCUGUGUCCUUGCUUUAUGCUGGGCUCCUGGGACGUUCAAGAGGAUCCGCUUCUCGCCUUGCGAGGAACCCAGCCCAAACGCAGAGCUGCUGCAGGGGUGGCUGAGCGGGCCCCGCAGAGGCCUGUUUCCCACCACCCGGCGGCCUUCAGAGAGCCUGCAGGUCUCCAUUGCAUUGUUGGGGUUUUCUCCUUCAGUGGUGCCAGGUGUGUGCCCCUGCAGGGUUCCUGCUCGGCCUGCUUCUUUUCCUGGAUGCCUCGACUCAGGCCCGCUGGUGCCCGAUGGGUCCUGCAGAGGUUUUCCUCGGUGGCGGCUGCUGCCAUACACUUCGAUGUGGCUUCGUCUGGCUUGGCCUGACCGCUUCAUCGGAGGAGGCAGAAACCACCACACACACACACACACCCUCUUGGGUCUGCAGCGGCCUCUUUGCCCCCCCCCCAGACCGCUGACAGCAGAGAGGUUGUCUCUGAUUGGUUCACUUGCUUGGAGCCCCUCCUACAUGGGUGGGGCCUAGCAUGCGCAAACGACGAUAAGCAAAUUCUUAGCAGGUGGCCGCCCCUAGAACUUGCUCAAGUCACUCAUCUGACCCUCCUGGACUGUGGGAAGCCUCGAGUGCAAAUCCUGCCCCUCUGCCCUCCUGCGGUGUUCGUGGUAUCUCCCAGAGAACCCCUUUCACUCCUCUGGCAUACCCCCUGCCUAGACUCUUCCUUCGUCCCGUCCCCCCCACCAGCACUGUUAGCUGAUGAGCACCUUCCUCCUUCCGCAUGUAUCUUGUUUUAAGGUAGCACAGAAGCAAAAUUUAUAUAUAUACAUAUAUAAAUAUAUUAGUUACGUAUCUUCUCCCUCUCCCCCCUCCCCAGUAAAUCUCUUGAUGCUGUGUCAUCUUUUCCCUACUGGUGAAUCCUGGAAACUUUGGAACUUUAUUAUGGUUGACCCCCUUUUCAAUAUGUUAAGAAUGGGGGCGGGGGGGGGGGGGGAGGAGGAGGAAGGGAUUUUUAAGCCUUCUU